AUGAAAGGUACUCCUGAAUUCCCUCAAUGUGGUUUCUCAAGAGCUACUAUUCAAAUGUUGGGCCAACAGGGUGUGGAUCCAGAAAAGUUUGCUGCUUACAAUGUCUUAGAGGAUCCAGAAUUAAGAGAUGGAAUUAAAGAAUAUAGUGAAUGGCCAACUAUUCCACAAUUAUAUGUUAACAAGGAAUUUGUUGGUGGAUGUGAUAUUGUCAUGUCCAUGGCACAAUCGGGUGAGUUAAGUGACUUAUUGGAAGCUAAUGAUUGUUUAAUUCCUGAAGAAGAAGGUGAAACAACAUCUGCUGACAUUCAACCAAACAAAAGAAGCUAA